AUGGCUUGGGAAAAGGUUUGCACUCCGAAGAAGAAUGGGGGCCUAAGGAUUAUUAAUCUACAAAUAUGGAAUAAGAUUUGCUUGAGUAGACUAUUAUGGAACAUAUGUCGUAAAGCUGACACUUUAUGGGUUCGAUGGGUGCACAUGUAUUACAUUAAGAAUGCAGAUGUACUGCAGAAGGAUAUCAAAGGGAGUGGUUCAUGGAUUACCAAACAGGUGCUAAAAAUCAGAAAUGAUAACAGGUUAGUGUACAUGGGCAAUGGAUUCCGUACAGGUGCUCUGUAUAAAGAGCAAAUGACGCAUUUACCUAAGGUGGAUUGGAGAGUGUUUGUUUGUAAGAAUCGAGCUAGACCCCGCGCGGUGUUUAUCCUCUGGCUGGCAUGUCAAAACAAGCUCGCGACGAAAUACCGUAUGGGCAAGUUUGGUGUUGCUACAGACAUGAAGUGCAUGUUUUGCAGUUACAAUGAAGAUGUGCAACAUUUAUUUUUUGAAUGCAGUUAUACUAAGAAGAUUUGGGAAGUUGUUUUGGGGUGGCUAAAUAUUAGUCAUACUGUUCAAGGGUGGUGCCAAGAAAGGAAGUGGCUGGAAAUUUUUUGCAGAAGUAAGAAUUGGAGAAGUAAGUUUGUACAGGUAGCAAUAGCGGAAACAAUCUACAAUGUCUGGAUAGAAAGGAAUAAAAUGGUGUUUAGUAGAAAUUAUAGUGAAGGGCUUGUAAUGGAUAGUAUUAUAGAGAAUACUGUUAAUAGAAUAUGGGUGAGUCCUAAAUAUAGAGAAAGAGUAGCUAGUCUGUUGGUGAAUUAG